UGUUUUCUUUGGUAAAGGAGCUCUUCCUUGUUCUAGCUUUUACUCCGAUCUUUGACCACUCAGCUUUCCAAAGCCGUUUAGACUGUUUGGUUAAAAAAAUAAAAAAUAAAAAAAAAUAACCAAAGCUCACAGCAACAGAAAAAGAUGAAUUUCCUUGUGGAGGUAGUCCUGCUUCUGCCCUUACUGUUCAUUUUCUAUUUAGAAUCUUUUGUCAAGCUUUUUAUUCCUAAAAAAAGAAAAUCAGUCACCGGAGAAAUCGUCCUGAUUACCGGAGCUGGACAUGGAAUUGGGAGGCUGACUGCCUAUGAAUUUGCCAAACUUAAAAGCAAACUGGUUCUCUGGGAUAUCAAUAAGCAUGGCAUAGAGGAAACGGCAGCUGAAUGCAGAAAACUGGGUGCCCAGGCUUAUUCCUUUGUAGUAGACUGCAGUAACCGAGAAGAUGUUUAUAACUCUGCAAACAAGUCUGCCUCUGAUUUCAGGUUAGGACCCAUCUUGGAACCUGAGGAAGUGGUAGACAAGCUAAUGAAUGGGAUCCUGACUGAGAAAAGGAUGGUUUUGGUUCCCUCCUCUCUAAACUUUUUACUUAUCUUGGAAAAGUUCUUACCUCAACGUUUCCGGGAAAUUUUAAAAAAAAGAAUAAACAUUAAGUUUGAUGCAGUUAUUGGAUAUAAAGUAAAAGAACAAUAAGAACCUGAUUUUCUUAAAAACUUAUUUACCAGGUUUCAGUUGAUUUCAUCUAAUAAUAAUAAAAACUUUAAUAUUUUAAAUCAUUUUCCCUUAUUAUCCUAUUUUCCUCAAUAUCACCUUUGGGGGCCAUGCCAUAUUGGCUUAUUACCACUUGUUCUGUAGGUAAAAGUUAACUUCAUGUAAUACAGACAUAGAUCUUAAAAGUUGACCUUAUGGAAAAUGAGGAGAAAAGAACAAAAGCAAUUAUUUUCAUCACAAUAAUUUCUCAGAUUUUGUGACUCAUCUACAGGUUUUCACAAUUUGUACUAUAAAUGUAUAAGAUAUCAUAUUUUUAAUUGCAUUACAUUUUAUAUAACUGGCAUAUAUCCUUUUUUAUUCUGUAUAAAGUCAUAAAUUUCAAACUCCAGAUAUAAUGAAGGGUUACAUGUCUAGGAGCAUUUCACAGUGAAUUUUGUGAUCUUUCAAGUGUUUCAUUCUACAUGUUACUACUAUUUCCUGAGAGAUGCUUCACAUUUUGAAGUCAAACAUUUCAGCAUAAAGAAACUAGAGAUGGAUACGUGUUACAAAUUUAAAAGCAUCACUGGGAUUUAAGGCAGAGAAUUGGGAGAAUGUACUUAUAAAUGCAACAAUAAUAAAU